AGACACAAUUACGUGCUGAUCUUAUCACAUUUUCUUCGUACCAGUAGGCCUAUUAUUGAUAUUAAAAUUAAUCAGUUCUGGAAUUGGGAGUGAUAACAGGUGACUACUUGCAGCUCUUCACAUACUCCAACAUGCCGCGUAGAACUAAACGUAAAGCUGCGACAGCUGCUGAUACAGAUGAUGGCGAUGGAUCGACAUCUUCAACAUCUUCAGUCACAAGGCCCCAAGAGCGUACAGCAGCACCUCAAACCGAAGACUCCCCUGCCAAACACACCCGAAGACAAGAGCACAUGAAAAGAAGUGUCAGUGCUACUGCUGCGUCAUCUGAUGUGACUGAAAGUGAUAAUGUAGCUACAACCUCGGCCAUCUCACCUCCUGUAGAAAUCCCUCGGUUGACCAAGAAAAAAACGAACGUGCAGCAAUCGGCAGCUCCUCCACCUCGGAACCAAUCCCCAAGCAAUAGCACAGAAAGUCAAGAGCAGGAACAGCCUCGCUUCCCGCAGAAAGAGACUGAAUUCAAAACCCGGAAGUCCAUGCGUCGAAUGCUCACUCAGGAUGAAGAGGACGAUCUCGUGACGUGUCUAAGGUAG